GUCACCGUACAUCUAGUCGACGACCUUCCAAACUCGUCGUACGAGACGGAGAAGAACGACUUUCUCAAUACGUUCCUUGACAGCGUUGAUGGAAGCUAUUGCAGCUACAGCGCAUACGGCAUUACAGGCAAGGGUCCGACUAUCGACGCAAUCUAUCCAGACAAUCGCCCUGGAGGCCCCCCAGGACAGCGAGGGUGCGGCACGCAUAACCUGCUACGGGUCAUUAGCAUCUUAUAUAAUGAGUAAGAUAUCAAGCUACCUAUGCCUUACACGCAACGCCAGUCCAACGAGCGCAUGUAAGAAGCUUGGCUUCCAAGGUCACAGCAUUU